CCAGAACGCAAUUACACCACUCCGAGUCUUGAUCCCCAGGUGGCAUGGAUUUCCAGGAGCCGACGAAGACAGUCGCAGACAGGGUCGGGGUGCGAUGCCCAGUGGAUGUUCGUGGCCAGGCCCUGGCGGUGCAAAGAGUCAAGUAACGAUAAAAGGAUGGCUUGUGUCCAAGUUCCAAUUGCAACAGCUCUCUUCUCGAACCUCAUUGCCUGCACCGGGCCGCUUCUUGCGACCUUGCUUGUCGCUCCUCGAUCUAAUGAUCAACUUGAGAACUCGUUGUGAUCCAACACGCUCUUCCAACACAGGAUCAUCCUCUUUGGUAUUUUCAAGCCGGUGCUCGGUUUGUCUUGCCACAUACCGUCAUCCUGGCUCCUGUCCGGUAAUCUCAACUGUAAUGACAUCGACCCAGAGGAACUCGGAGCCUUCGGGCGACAACAACAACAACAGCACUCGCUAUUGAAGAUGUUGAAACGCCCCAAGUUCAGGAUGCCAUCGGGCUAGAGGCCAUUAGAACGGCUCGGGGACAAUGUCCAAGGCUGAGUUCAUCGUCUACAUCUGUAUAUAAUGGCCUACAUCUUCCUUUCAGCUCAGUGGGCCGGUUGAUCAAGGCCCGCUUCAGAAUCCCCCGUCUAGUGUGAGCCCAUCGUUUCCUUUGUGUCGAGAACCGGAAAGCCUCUCUGGACCAACUUCAAGGUUCGGCUUCAGUGCCGAUGAAACGCUCCUCG